AUGCUUCCGCGAACGCUACUCGGCGUCUUAUCGAUCCUCGUCUCCCCUUGUCUGGCAAUAUGGCCUCAACCAGCCGAGAUCAAAACUGGCACCCGAGUCUUAUGGCUAGACACGGCGUUGCAGGCGACGCUCAAGUGCGACAAUGGAGAGGAUCGGGGUCAUGACCAAGAUUAUGUUCUUUACAGCAACCACUUGACGCAGCAUCUCAAGGGGAUGUCACGUUAUGCCCAAGGGUUCGUGGACAGGUUGCCAUUUGCCUUCCCAGGCAAGAGCAGGAAUGGGGAAGUUGAUUUCUCCGAGAGCUCUAUUGUCGAAGACGCAGUUCGUGACACCAUUAAAUCCAUCCACAGAUCCAAGUUUGUGCCCUGGAAGUUACACAAACGAAACGCAACCUUUGAACCUGAUCGAAGCGCUCCUCGUCAGUACAUUUCCCGACUGAAAAUUCAACAGCGCCACUGCCCACCACCAGAGAGAUUCCGGCCCUCCAGCUUCUUCGGCGGUGACGAAUCGUACGAGAUCCUCAUUACCAAUGAAACAGCGUUCAUCACCUCCAACAGCAGCAUUGGCACCAUCAGGGGUCUUCAAUCGUUCCAGCAGCUGUUCUUCGCCCAUUCGGCCUUGUCGGGUACCUACACUCCUUUUGUGCCUGUGAAAAUUGCUGAUCGACCGGAGUGGCGCCAUCGAGGCCUGAGUAUUGAUAUUGCUAGGAACCCCUUUGAACCACAAGAUCUGCUGCGCACGAUUGACGGAAUGGCAAUGGCUAAAAUGAGCAGAUUGCACGUCCACGCAACGGAUUCUCAAAGCUGGCCGAUCGAAAUCCCCUCACUUCCAGAGCUGGCGCAGAAAGGUGCAUACCAUCCAGGCCUGGUUUGGACCGCCAGAAGCCUUCGCGAAGUCCAAAUGUACGGUGCUUCGAAAGGUGUUUCGGUUUACCUCGAGAUUGACGUGCCGGGCCAUACGGCUUCCAUUGCGCACGCUUAUCCGGAGUUGAUUGCGGCGUACAAUGAGCUAGAUUGGUCAACAUUCGCUGCUGAGCCAUUGAGCGGGCAGCUCAAGCUCAACCUCUCCGCUGUAGACACGUUCAUUUACACCCUGCUCGAUGACAUCCUGCCCCGAACAAGACAAUAUACCUCCCUAUACCAUGUUGGUGGUGAUGAAGUCAAUUUGGCGGCGUACAAGCUGGAUGAGACGGUGAAGAGCGAUAAUCCGGAAGUGCUGCAACCUCUUUUGCAGCGUCUCAUUGAUCACGUUGUGGGUACCAGUAUUCAAUUUGGCCUUCAGCCGAUCGUGUGGGAGGAGAUGCUCCUCGAUUGGAACUUGACGCUACCGUCUGCCGGCCCCAACGACCCAACAACGCAGACACUGGUUCAGGUAUGGCGCAACAGUGAACGCAUCGAUGAAGUCCUCAAACGGGGCCACCGCGCGAUAUUCGGCGAUUACCAUCAUUGGUAUUUAGACUGUGGAUACGGCGUCUUCCUUGACCCAUAUGCAUCCGGCAAGUCACCCCCUGGCGUCCCGUACAACACCUCGGGUGGCUUCUCCAGUCGCUUGAAGAAACCUUAUCUCGAUUACUGCGCUCCGUUUCAUAACUGGCGUCAUAUGUAUACCUACGACCCCGUGGCGGGUAUCGCCAGAGAACUUCAGGACAGCAUUGAAGGGGGUGAAGUCCUGAUGUGGAGCGAACAGACCGACUCUCAGGACCUAGAUUCGAAGCUGUGGCCCAGAGUAGCAGCGGCCGCAGAAGUGUUGUGGUCUGGGACGAGAAACGAAUCGAUGCUUGAAGCGGCCACGAGCAGGUUGGGCGAGUGGAGAGAAAGAGCGGUAGUCGACCUUGGAAUCCGGUCGUCGCCGGUGACAAUGACCUGGUGCUUGAUGGAAGGCGGUUGCAACUUGUAG